CAUUGGCUCUUCCUGGCUCUAUGGCAGCCUGGUGGCCUUCAGACUUGCAUUGGGACAUCAGCUCUGCAGAUUUUGGGGUUGUCAGCCUCCAUAAUCAUUAUCUGAGUCACCUGCAGGACCAAAAUGGAGGAGACACCACAGCAUUGCCUGUCCAGAUUGCCAGACAACUCUGCCCUGAAGCAGCAGGAGUUACCCGCCCACCGGCUGUAUUUCACGGCCAGGAGAGUCCUCUUCGUCUUUUUCACAACAGGAAUAUUCUGCCUUUGUAUGGGCAUCAUCCUUAUAUUGUCUGCAAGGAGCACUCAGGAAAUAGAGAUUAAUUACACAAGAAUAUGUGCAAAUUGUGCAAAACUGCGGGAAAAUGCCUCUAAUUUUGACAAAGAAUGCACCUGCUCUAUUCCCUUUUACCUUUCAGGAAAAAUGAUGGGUAAUGUUUAUAUGUACUACAAAUUGUAUGGCUUCUAUCAGAACCUGUAUCGAUAUGUUCGAUCCAGAAGUAAUAGACAACUGGUGGGCAAAGAUGUAAAAGCUGUUGAGGACUGUGCCCCAUUUAAAAUGUCCAACAAUAAGACCCCCAUCGUUCCUUGUGGUGCUAUUGCCAACAGCAUGUUCAAUGACACCAUAAUUCUUUCACACAACAUUAAUUCAUCUGUACAAAUCAAAGUGCCAAUGCUAAAGAGUGGACUUACGUGGUGGACAGAUAAGUAUGUCAAAUUUCAGAAUCCAAGUUCCAAGAAUCUUGCUGAUGAAUUUAGAGGAACCACAAAGCCUCCAAACUGGCCCAAGCCUAUCUAUGACUUGGAUAAAAAGGAUCCAAGAAACAACGGCUUCCUCAAUGAUGACUUCAUUGUGUGGAUGCGGGCAGCUGCCUUUCCCACUUUCAAAAAACUGUAUGGUCGACUCAAUCGAACACACCAUUUUAUAGAAGGCUUGCCUGCUGGUAAUUACAGUUUCAACAUAACCUAUAACUUCCCAGUGACCAGGUUCCAAGGAGAAAAAUCAGUUGUUCUCUCCACCCUGACAUGGUGUGGGGGUAAUAGCCUUUUCUUAGGUCUUGCCUACACAGUGACAGGAGCUAUAACAUGGUUGGCCUCCUUUGCCAUGAUGGCAAUUCACAUCACACUGAAAAACAAGCAAAUGUCCUUCUUCCAUCAGUAAAGUCAAGCUUUAAAAAGAAAAGGAGGAAACAAAAAUGGACAGUGAAGUAACAGAACCAAAGAUGUCUGAAAGGCUUGAAAUGACUGGAAUGUUUCAACAAGGGGAACUAGAUUGACUGAACUAAAAUCAAUUUGAAAUAGGUAAUGAAGAGAAUUUUAGAGUUAAAAAGAAGAAGGAGGAAGAAGAGGGGAGGCAUAAUUAUAUGUAGUAAAAUGUCCUUGGUAUGGGGAGAAUAAAUCACUCUUGAGCUCUA